UCGGCAGUAAAAUGGUGGACGACAUGCAGCCGUCUGCCAGUUCACAAACAGUUAAGACGAUGAAAAAUGCAGUUGUCAGCCUUAUUCUAUUACCUCGUUUUCUCGUGGCAGCGCUCAUGCUGUGGUUGCUAGAUUUUCUCUGCAUAAGAAAGAGGAUGUUGCUCAAAAUGAGAGAUUCCGAAGGAGGUCCCGACGAUCCCCCGAUGUGUAUCUCCGAUUCCAAUAGAAUGUUCACCUUGGAGUCGCUCAAGGCCGUAUGGCAUGGUCAGAAGUUGGACUUCUUUAAAUCGGCGCAUCUUGGAUAUGUAGCGCCGAACACCGAAGUGGUGCAGCUCAAGGAGCAGAAGAGGGUCCGGAUUCUUGACUUUGCUAAAGGAAAGAGACCCCUGAUCCUGAACUUCGGGAGCUGUUCCUGACCGCCGUUUAUGACACGUCUGACGGCGUUCCAGCGGGUGGCCAGCCAAUACGCUGAUAUUGCAGACUCUCUUCUGGUCUAUAUUGAGGAAGCCCAUCCGUCGGACGGAUGGGCGAGCUGUGAUGCUCCGUAUCAAAUCCCGAAACACAAAUGUCUAGAGGACAGACUCAAGGCGGCUCAGCUGUUGAAUCUCGAGGUUCCCGGAUGCAUUGUGGUCGCUGAUACCAUGGAGAACUCGUCGAACGCAGCGUACGGAGCGUAUUUUGAGAGACUUUACAUACUCAAAGACGAGAAAGUGGUCUAUCAGGGCGGGAGAGGCCCGGAGGGUUACAGUAUUGCUGAGCUUAGAAACUGGCUUGAUCAAUACAGGAACAGCCUCGAGAAUUCCAUUACUGUGGUAAUUCAUGUGUAGCACAAUUAACUAGAACUAUUAAUGUCGAGUAAGCCCCCCACAGUGUCCAAGGUCCAAAACCUGCUGCUGAUAACACGAU